UAGUAAAAAAUUAAAGUAUACAGGGGUUGUGUUUUUUACCCAUCUAAAAUUAAUUCACAAGAGUAAAAUGUCUCACUGCUGAAAAAUAAUAAUUAUUCAAUUAGAAACAUAUUUGACAUAGUUUAAAUCUGACUUUAUAGGACUUGGAGCCUACUAACUAGUUUGCAUUUAAUUUUAGGAGACCAGAUUAUUUAAAAAAUAAAAGCUGUUAUUUGGUAAACUACUAAAGCAUAUUUUGUAGAAGAUGUGAUGUUUGAAAUUAUUCUCUUCUGGGCUAGCAUUUGAUAGCCAGUUUUAAGAAACCUGUGACUUAGGGAGGAAAGCCUGAGAUUUCCUGAAAAACUUUUCAAGUGAUGCUGAGUAAGACAUGUGCAGAUUAACAAGAUGUUCCAUUAACAAUUUGAAUGGGAACUCUCAAGCACACCCUUGGAAGUUGUUUUCUUUGCCUGUGGUUGGCCUGAUGUGGGAUUCGCUGCCUACCUCACAUUUCUCUUACAGUGAGGGCGUGGGGUUGUGUGUAUUUUCCUUUGCGCUUCUCAGGAGCUGAUCACUAUAGCUUAAAAUGCUAGUCUCUGUGCACAUGUGCCUGUCUAUGCCCACUUUAAAAGACUUUAAAAUCAGAUUUUCAAAAUAACUGGACAUUGAAUCUAUUUACCAAGAAGAAAUGGCUUGUUAAUGAAUAAUUUGGGGGCUGGGUAGCGGCACACCUGGUAAAGUGUACACCGUACCAUGCACGAGGACCCAGGUUCAAGCCCCACCUGCUAAGGGAAAGCUUCAUGAAUAGUGAAGCAGGGCUGUAGGUGUCUCUCUUUCUUACUCUCUCCCUAUCUCCCCCACCCCUCUCAAUUUCUCUCUGCCUCCAUCCAAAAAAAUACAUGAAUAUAAUAAAUUUUUUAAAUAAUUUGAAAAGCUAACCAUUUGUUUUCAUUUCUCUUAAUGAUCCAAAUUAUCUUUUUUAAAUGUUUUAAUUUAUUUUUUUAUAUUUGAUAGGACAGAGAGAAAUUGAAAAGGGAGAGGGAGAUAAAAAGAGAGAGGGACAGACACCUGCAGCCUUGCCUCAUUCACAGUUGCAAAGCUUCCCUACCCACUGCAGGAGGAGAGCUGAGGCUCAUACUGGGGUCCUUGAGCUCGGUAAUGUGUGUGCUCAACCAAGUGUAACUCCACUCAGCCUCUCAAGUUUUCUUAUGCGUAUUUAAAAAAAAAAAAACUAGCCUGAAAACGUGCUUAAUUUUCAGCGUAAAUGUCCCAUAUAAAAUAGGUAAGGCAAAGAGCCUGUUGUGGAAGGGGUUGAGAGUCCUCUCCUAUUAUCCAACAACUACUUAAAUCUCUUAAUUCACAAGCUUUACUAGUUAAUAAGUACCCUGUACUUCCAAACCUUUAUGACCUGCCCUUGGAAAACUGCCAACAGAAAGUGACUAAAGAAAAUUAUUCACAUGUCCUCUUGCUUUGGCAACUCCCCUUCUAAAGUUAAAGGAGGCUCAUUGGACAUUUCUCAGUUGGAGUACUGGACACCAGAAGCUGUCUUCCUGUGAGGACAGAGACCUCAGUGUCCUGUUGUCGUCCUCUCUAUCUGUAUAACUGCAUGAAGAACGUCCCUCCCAGAGCAGCCGCUGUCCACUCGUGGUGCCCCUGCAUGGUCCUGAGCCCUGCCCAGCAGUGUUUCACCUGUACCUGUACGUCAGUCCACACAGCCAGCGAAACCAGAACAUGGCCUGUGCCGAGUACUCCUUUCAUGUGCCCAGUCUACAGGAGCUUGCUGGAGUCCUGCAGAAGGGGCUAAAGGAAGACUUUGCUCAAGUCCAGGUCUCUGUAGUUGACUGUCCUGACUUGACUAAGGAGCCUUUUACCUUUCCAGCAAAAGGCAUCUGUGGAAAAACAAGAAUUGCAGAACUAGGAGGCGUGCCUUACUUAUUACCUCUUGUAAAUAAGAAAAAAGUUUAUGAUCUAAAUAAGAUUGCAAAAGAGAUCAAGCUUCCUGGAGCAUUUAUACUUGGAGCGGGGGCAGGCCCUUUUCACACUCUUGGGUUUAAUUCUGAGUUUAUGCCAGUCAUCCAGACAGAGAGUGAACACAAAGCUCCAGUGAACGGAAGCUACUUUGCCCGAGUCAACCCUGCAGAUGGAGGCUGCCAGCUGGAGAAAUACAGCAGCAAGUACCGUGGCUUCGGGUGUGCACUGCUAGCUAACCUUUUCGCCAGUGAGGGCCAACCUGGAAAGCCUGCAGAAUUUUCUUCCUGCCCACUGAACUGUGAUGAAGAUGUGAAUAAGUGGUUACACUUUUAUGAGAUGACAGCUCCUCUUGUUUGUCUGCCAGUUUUCGUCUCCAGAGACCCAGGCUUUGAUUUGCGGUUGGAGCACACUCAUCUUUUUAGUCACCAUGGAGAAGGAGGACACUACCAUUAUGACACAACCCCAGACAGCGUGGAGUAUCUCGGCUACUUCUUACCUGCAGAGUUUCUCUAUCGUAUUGAUCAACCAAAAGAGACUCAUUCAUUUGGGCGAGAUUAAGUCAAAUUAAAUUGUACUCAUUUAGAAAAAAAGAAUUAACUUUGGUUACUCAACAGAUUAAUUCACUAAUUGAUACUAUUAUAAAGUCCAAAAGAAAUUAUUAUAACCCUUUAAAAUGAAAGGUAUGUGUGGUCUGAGAGGUGAUGCAGUGGUAAAGCUUUGGACUCUCAAGCAUGAGGUCGCGAGUUCGAUCUCCAGCAGCACAUGUGCCAGAGUGAUGUCUGGUUCUUUCUCUCUCCUCCUAUCUUUCUUAUAAAUAAAUAAAAUUAAAAAAAAAAGAUAGGUAUGUUAUUACUUUGUAACUCUGUCCUAGAGAUUUUGGGGAGCAAAGAUUCAUAAUACGCUAGCUCUCACGAUUUUUUAACUCAGUAACAGCAAAAUCAGUCUUUAUUAAUACCUUAAAUACAAGCAUGAUCUGGACUCAUGUGACCACUGCUAUUAAUAUAAUAAACAUUUUCAAGUGAGUCUCACAGCUGCCAAGCUGGUAUUUUGGGGUAUUAGAAAGGCAGUAUUUGAAAUAUUGAUAGCCAUCAUAUCAGUAUAGUAGAAAUUUUAAAUGUUUUUAUAAGUCAGUUUUGUUUAUGGAAUCAAGUGGUCUGAGGGAACAACUUUUCUACUUCUGAUGAAGUUUAACCUUACUUAAGAGCUUGCGAUUUACCUUCCACAAACAUCAGGUACUAAACCAUCGGUCUUGAGUCCUCCUUUGAUGGGACCAUCAAUUUGGCAGCAGUUUGCACCUUGCUGGUCAUGUGCAAGAGGAAGGAGUGGUCCAGGAGAUGGUACAGUGAUAAAGCAUUGAACUCUUAAGCUUGAGGUCCCGAGUUCAGUCCCCUGCAGCACAUGUACCAGAGUGAUGUCUGGUUCUUUCUCUCUCGCCUUGUCUUCCUCAAAUAAAUAAAAUCUAAAAAGGAAGGAGUAGAAAUAGCAUCAAAAUGCAACACUGAAGUGACUGUCUUCAUUUCUAAGUGAGGUUAUUGCUACACUUCACCACUGUCCUGUGUUAAAUAUAAAAAUGUGAUCCCUGUUCUUAAUAAGUUUAAAAUCAUACUUUUUACUGGUUGCAAUGAUCAAAAAUUUCCUUGGUAUUCCUCUGUAUUAAUCGUCAGUUAGAAAUCGACUGUCGGGAGUCGGGCUGUAGCGCAGCGGGUUAAGCGCAGGUGGCACAAAGCACAAGGACCGGCAUAAGGAUCCUGGUUCGAAACCCGGCUCCCCACCUGCAGGGGAGUCACUUCACAGGCGUGAAGCAGGUCUGCAGGUGUCUGUCUUUCUCUCCUCCUCUCUGUCUUCCCCUCCUCUCUCCAUUUCUCUCUGUCCUAUCCAACAACGACAACAACAAUAAUAACUACAACAAUGAAACAACAAGGGCAACAAAAGGGAAUAAAUAAAUAAAAUAUUUAAAAAAGAAAGAAAAAAGAAAGCGACUGUCUUACUUUUACCCAAGCAAAUAUGCAAUGAGGAGCAACAUGCAAAUAUCGCUACAAUAUGCAAAUGAGCUUUUAAGUACCAAGCAUAUAAUAAAUCUUCAAAUAUUAUUUUGAUUACCUCUGAAUGUUAACUGUUUUGUGAAUAUACAUCGCUAAAUAAUACUUUUACAGAAUCACUAGUUGAAAAAUAAAAGUCAUAUAUUCAGAAA